AAUAAAUUAGCAUUAGCUCCUAAAUGUGAUAAGUUAGCAUUAGUUCGUCAACGUGAAGAUGUCAGAGGAAGUUCAGGAAACAGGUUUUCCAGUGUUGUAAUCUAGACCAUCCAACCCGAGACCGGCGCCCUGCUACAUGAGGAGAUGCUACAUGACACGAUAAAAUGUGAACUAUGAUCAAAAUUGAUUCUCAAAUUGAUCUGGAAGAUGCACAUUCCCAUAAAAACACCUAGAUAUUAAAUAUCAGAGAUGAAAUAAAGUUAACCAAUAUUAAAAGCAGAAACUGCUUGAGUAUUGUCUCCAUCUCUACAAUCUGGAAGUCUCGUGCCAUCCCUAAAAACAUUGCGCCCUGGGCGUUUGCCCAUGUUGCUCAUGUCAGAAACCAUCUGGGCCAGCAGAGAACCAUCGGCCCUCCAGCGGGUCCUGGGUCUACCUGAGGCUCCUCCCAGUGGGCCGGACGCCUCGGAUCGGAGCUGAACAGGCUGAGGACAGAAACGUCUGAGGCCGAUAUCCUGCAUAGAAAACAUUGUUUUAUACUGUAUAUAUUUAUCUGAACCAUCUCAGAAUAUUCUGACAGCUGAUCUAAAUCCUUCAUCUUCCAGAAAACUAGAAAUAUUUUCAAUAUAUUCCCGUUUUGUACAUUUAUUUAGCCGUCGCUCCAUGUUCACAAGCUUUUAUUGAUCUGUAACUCAGGAGUUUAGUGAGUUUGUUGGUUAAAGUUUCACUGGGGUUGAAUUUUCUCCUUAAUAAACUGUUUUAUGUUGGACAGAAGCUGUUUGUGUUUAUUCAUAUGAAGCAUCAGAGAACCAGAGCAGGACUUCAGCCUCAUCAGGCAGAUAUUUAUAGACGAUAAGCGGAUAUUAUUUUGGCCAUGCUGAUAUUUAAUUAUCCUCAGACGAUAUUUACACUGGGCCUAUUGGAGCUCAACAGAUAAUCAUCUUUCAGUUAAUUUCUGGGAACAUCUAGCAUAGAAUAUCUAUCACCAAACAAACUUUAGAUUCUUUCCUUGCAGACUGACGGUUCCUUUAUUUCAGUUUAUUUUAAUGACUUUCUGCCUACAGUGAAUGAAAACAUUUAGCUUUAGAGUGAACAACCAAUUCAUCAGGGCCUCGUAAUGUGUUGAAUGUGAAUGAGCCAGCAGUGUUAGUUUAACCAGAGUUAGCUCAGGCAGCUGCAGCAGCAGCAGCUGCAGCUGGUCGUUUCCUCCUUAAACACGUCUGAGCUUGAUGAACGUUUCCUGUCUGCAGCUGAGCCUCCACUCAUCUGAACAGCAGGAAGUUUGUUCCUCCAGAUAAUGCAGAGCAACAACCGCAGCGACGUGGAGGAACUCAGCAGGAGACGGGAGCCUUAUCUCACUUCCUGCUGCAGCAGCAGCUGCCCGUCAAACCGCCUCUCAGAAACCAGGAUGGAGCUUCUCCUCCUGCAGCUCCUUCGCUUCACCUCAGAGCCACUGAGCCUCAGUCAGCAUGCAGCUCUUCCUCCUCCUCCUCUUCCUCCUGCUGCACGGAGCCAUGGCCGCCUCGGUGCCUGGCUGCCUCAGUGACAGGGACAAGGACCACCGGCCGAGGGAGAACUGCAGCGGCGCCGGGUUCAGCCACGUCCCAGCAGGACUGGACCAGCAGACGCAGGUCUUGUUGUUUCCAUCUAACCUGUUCUCCAGCCUGUCCUGGACCUCCUUCCAGGUGUUUCCAGACCUGUAUGAGCUGGACCUCACAGCCAACCAGGUUCCGGCCGUGGCCCCCAGCUCUGCCCCGGUUCUGACCGGCCUCUCCGUCCUCCGGCUGGGCUCCAACCGCCUGACGUUCCUCCCUGAUGACGCCUUCGCCGCCUGUCCCGCUCUGACUGAACUCUACCUGCAGAACAACUCCUUGGUGUCUCUGACCGACCGCAGCUUCUCUGGGCUCAGCGUGUUGAAGAUCCUGGACCUGACGGCCAAUCGCAUCUCCAUCCUUCCUGCUCUCAUGCUCCACCCGCUGUCAGCCAUAAAAACCCUCUACCUGGAGAACAACCAGAUCCAGGUGAUGCCUGAUGGCUGGUUCAGCCAUAAGGAGGACGUGCCAUACCUGUACCUGUCUCUCAACCCCUGGGCCUGCUCCUGUUCCCUUGGUUACCUCCGCAGAUACCUGGACGACUUUGAGUUCAACAUCUACGUCCGAGACGGCGCCCUCAUCACGAACGCUGUGGACAGCGUGGUGUGCGACUCUCCACGGCACCACCAGGGGAAACCUGUAGUGACUCUGGAAGAGUCCGAUCUCUGCUCAGCAGACGGAGAACCAGAACCACCUGGAGACUUCUACCAGCCAGUGACCUCACUUCCUCCUGACCCGACAGCUCCAGCUGCUUCAGUCCAACCAUCCGGCACAGAACCUCCAGCUGCAGCUCCUCAACCCACGACCCCUGACCUCACGACUGCGUCUGCAGAGCAGGCCUCAGUCCGCCACAGAGUCACAUGGUCCUGGUACCAGACCUUCACCAGUCCGAAGCAACGAACCCAUCACUCCAGCUCAGCGACGCAAACAGGAAGUUCAUCAGUUGGCCCGUUUAAUUGGACUGCACACCCGACUACUCAUGGUCCCCUAACUACUGAAGUCCCCAUAACUACUGAAGUCCCCAUAACUACUGAAGUCCCCAUAACUACUGUAGUCCCCAUAACUACUGUAGUCCCCAUAACUACUGAAGUUCCUCUAGUUUCAGUUGUUAAUACCUCUCUGGUUCCAGAUGUUCCUGCCAGCAGGGGGCAGCAUGUCAGCAUGGUUCCUGCCAGCAGGGCAGCAGUGUUGUGCGUCUGGCUGUCUGCAGGCUGCCUGUUGCUCUGCGCGGCGUCGGCGGCGUUGGUCCUGCUGACUCUGCUGAGGUUCUUCUUCUGCUACCAGAAGCUCUACAAGCCGCUGAGGCUAAUGCUAGCAAGGAGGGCAAAGGCCAGGGAGGGCCUUCCUCUGCUGAGGAAGGAGGAGGAGGCAGAUGGAGGAGUGGUGGCGUUGUACCGCUCCCUGCUGUUUGUCCACAGAGAGGGAGGAGAUGCAGCUGGGAGGGAGGAGGGAGGACAGACGGUUACUCUGAAGCCAGCAGGAGACGGGGGAGGGAGGGAGGACAGAGGAGUGUACAGGAGGAGCAUGUACCGCCUGGUCAGCAGAGAGGAGGAGCUGGAGGGAUGGAGGGAAGUGCUAGAGGAGUGCCAGGUCUCUGCGGAGGACGGAGGCAGGAAGAGAGGGAGCGGGAGGGAGGAGGAGGUGGCAGGAGGAGCAGGAGGAGUCUCCAGGAAACGCUACAGUGUGAUUCUGAGGGAGGAGCGGGAGGAGGCUGGGGGAGAGAGAGAGGAGCUGGACUGGGUGGUGGGAGGAUGGGAGGCGGGCCGAGGAGCGGAGGAGGUGCUGAGGAGCAGCUGGGGGGAGUGGCUGGCUGGAUAUUUACCCAGCAUGCCGUGGGGGCUGGCUGCUCCUCCUGAGGAGGCGGCAGCAGCAAAGUGAGGAGUCUGCGCUGGUUUCCUGUUGCUCUGCUGGUUUCUCUCUCAGUUACAGCUGUUCUGAUUAUUUCAGCCAAAUUAGCAAAUGAAGGCGCCACAUUUGAGGUCCCUGACCUCUGACCUUCAGUGACUCUCUGCGCCUCUAUGCAGAUGACGCCGUGUUUCUUUUCGCUGAAACCAGAACCUGUAGAUGUUCUGCAGGCUUCAUUCUCCUUAGGGACCAGUCAUCACCACAGCUUCCACUGAAUUACAGCAACGCCGCUUUUACUGCCGUUACCAUGGAAACAGCCUGUACUAAAUAAACCUUAGCUGAAACCAAACCAGCUCUCCAUGUCUUCCCUGAAUGUGUCACAGGCUCUAAUGUUUGGUGAUAGGACUUUGACUAAGCUGGUUCAGACUGUUAGCAUUAGAAGCUACAUUUAGGCUAACAGGGAGGGAGGAGCAUCAAUAUGAACAUCCAGUUUAGACUUUCAACCACAUUCAUUCAAAGUGUUAACACAUAAACACGUUUUAAAACUAACAGUAUAGCUGAAACAACUUCAGUUUGGUGUUUCGUUUCGUCCUCCAGGCU